AACCUCAGCUGUCCUUACAAAACACCCCAUAAGCAGCCGAGAACCUUCUUCUCAAAGGCCUAUAAAGCGAACGGAUCAGUCUGUUUAUGCGUUUUCUCUUCACUUUUCUCACAGCAAUCGUCGUCGCAGGAAUCGCAUACCUCUACAACCAGAAAACCGCUUUAAAACAGAACCUUAUGUCUCCGACCACGGUUAGCAACACUACUACUUAUCACGAAUCAAUUGAAGAUAUGUCUCGCUUCGCCGCUCGUACAGUUUCUAAGCUCGUUCGCGCUAUUGAGCAGUCGGAGGGUGCUGGUGCGACUGUCCGCCGUUCGAUCGGCACACCUCAGCUCCGCAAUUACUCUCCUUUCUUGAUGUUGGACCACUUUUCCGUCAAGGUUGGUGCAGGAUUCCCAGAUCAUCCUCAUCGUGGUCAAGAGACUGUCACGUACAUGUUGGACGGCGCGAUGCAGCACGAGGACUUCGCCGGUCACGCCGGUAAGAUCGAGACGGGUGACUUGCAGUGGAUGACCGCCGGAAAGGGUAUCAUGCACGCUGAGAUGCCUUGCCCUCGUCCUGACGGAAAGCCAAAUGUUGGGUUGCAAUUGUGGGUCGACCUUCCUUCAGACUACAAGCUUGAUGAGCCGCAAUAUCAGGAGCACAGAGACAAGGACAUCCCUCGCGCAAAGAACGACAAGGUUGAGGUGAAGGUUAUUUCGGGAGAAGCAUUGAACGCAGAUGGAUCAAUCACCAAGUCGCCAGUCCGUAACCGUGUUGGUGUCUGGUUCUUGGAUGUCCGUAUCCAGCCCGGAGGCAAGCUCGAGCAGAGAAUUCCCUUCGGAUGGAACACGUUCCUUUACACUUUGACCGGUAAGCCGCAUAUCGCUGGUAAACAGGUCGAGCCUUACCACACUAUCGUUCUCGGUCGCGAGGGUGAUGGUGUAGCGGCGGAGAACAGCGGAGAGGAGGAGGUUAGGUUCGUCAUCAUCGCCGGUCAGCCAUUGGACGGGCAGAGGUGUGUACAGUACGGCCCCUUUGUCGGAGAUUCGGAGGAAUUCAUCUACCAGGCAUUCAUGGACUACCAGGGUCAAACGAACGGAUUUGAGCGUGCGAAGGGAUGGAACAGCAAGAUUGGUGGCAGAGCUUAGGAUGUUUGAUUUGCAGUGGGCAGUCGGGUUGGCAUAUGGCGUUAGGUCUGAGUAUUUUAGCUAGUUAAAUUUGGUUACGACAGCGAAUAAUUCUUCGUAUUCAU